CUGGCAGCUUGGGACUCCACAGCUAGGUGCGGUCGCCAAACCCUAGCUCUGGACAAAUCGCCUUGGAUUUAAAAAGACUCUUAUGCCCCUGUACGGAACUCCGCACCCACGCUACGUACCGUGAUUUGGACCCAAAUCAGGGGGGUUUCUGUAAAUCACUGCGAGUUGCCCCUUUUUUCUUUUCUUUUCUUUUCUUCUCUUUUUCCUUCGUUUUCUUAGGUCUGUUUGGGUUGCAGGAAAAAGGAGAGAGAGGAUAGGGAAUUCGAGGCGGUGAGACGGUGAGUGCGGAGAGAGAUGAAGGGCUGCGAGCUGUGUGGAUGUCCGGCGAGGAUGUACUGCGAGUCGGACCAGGCGAGCUUGUGCUGGGACUGCGACGCCAAGGUUCACGGUGCGAACUUUCUGGUGGCUAGGCAUUCGAGGAGUCUUCUUUGCCACGUAUGUCGGUCGCCGACGCCGUGGAGAGCUUCCGGUGCGAAGCUAGGGCACACGGUUUCGGUGUGCGAGAGGUGCGUGGACGGGUGUGGUGGGAGGAAGUGUGGAGGUGCAGCGGAGGAGAGCGAGGGAGGGAAUGAUGAUGAGGUUGGCAUGGAGGAUGAUGAUCUCGAUGAGGAUGAUGAGUACGACGAUGACGAUGAUGUCGAAGAUGAGGAGGAGGAAGAGGAGGAGGAUGACGACUUUGGCGGUGAUGAUGAAGACGGUGAUAAUCAGGUGGUGCCAUGGUCUUCUACGCCGCCUCCACCUGAGGCAAGCUCUUCGAGCAGCGAAGAGUCGUUGAACAGCUUCUCUAGCGGCAACAGAGAUGUCCCUGGUUCGUUCACAAUGCUUUCGCUGAAGCGAAUGCGUGAAACUGCUUCAGAUCUUCGCUCGCAAGACGAUUUCAACCGACCGUCCUCUCAACCGAACUACGCCUCAGCGAGGGCGGCAGCGGCUCGAUCCGCGGCUGACGACGGCGAAGCCAUUUCUGAGGACGCCCUUAGGCCAUUCAAAGACCGGAGAAUAGAACAGAACCGGCCGGUCCAACCCCAGGCCGGUUCGAGAACGGCCGAGAUCGUCGACUCGCUUAACAGACUCCACAAUCAAGACAUAACCUCCGGCAGCGACGCGUCCUCUAUAAUCGCCGGCAUUUGCAAUCUGAGUAAACAAUCUGGGGCCGUUGAUCUUGAUUGCUCGAGCUCUCGUAGUCGUCGGAUUUGAGGUAGCCAUUAACCUACUCUAACAAAAAUCCUCUAUUAACCAUCAAUUUACUCUGUAUUGAUUAGAGACCUAUCUCCUGAUUGUAUUUCUUGGUUGAAUCAAACGGUGUCGUUUUGGGGACUAGGGGUUUUGGGUAAGACAAAACCAUUGGUGUAAAAUGAAGUACUGAAUGAAAAUGACCAUAUCAUUGAGAUUCAGAGACUACUAAGAAAUGGUAAUGGGCAUGUUUUUUCAAUGUAGGGACAUCCUUGAGGUUUAGGUGACCUCUAGAAGGGGCAGUGAACCUUUUGUGUGGCUACUCUUGUUCUUUCAUUCUGUGACGGGUUCUCGGUAGCCUCACACUAACCCCCAUCCUAUCUCUUCCAAAAAGCACUUGGUGGCUUGGGUUUGGUGGUAUGUGGGUGUGUCAUUUGCUUGUUGCAUUACCAUAUUUGAUCUGGUACAGAUGUGGAAUAUAGGCCAUUGUUUUUACUCUAGGGUAGGCUUCAAACUUGUGGCUUGUCAAGUCAGCAAAACAUGAUCAAAAUUGGCUAAACCAAACCACACCCACCCUGCUUUUUUCGUUUCCUUUCUAACCAAAAAAAUAAAAAUAAAAAGUCCCAUUUUUGUGGUCAAUGAGAGGGUUGAGGGUCUUUUCUAUACUAUUUGACAUUUUGACUAUCAGGGGAUAUGAUUUAAGGCAUGUAAGCCACCAAAUCUAUUAAUUGAUAGUUGUUGUUUUUUUUAAUUUAUUAAUAUUCGGUUUUAGGGGAUUUCUUCAUUAUUUGCCAUUCCCAUUGGGCGGUCCUCUUUUUUUCUUUUUCUUUCCGUUCUUUCUUUUCUAACAGAGGAAAAAAAGAAAAGAAAAAAGAACAGAAAAAUCCCAUUGUAUGGUCGAUGAGAGCCUUGAGGAUCUUUUCUUGGCUAGUUGAUAUCUUGACUAUUCA